CCAACUCUAGCUCUUUUCAACUGCGCAUUAUAUACCAAGGAGACGAGAUUUGUUUUUAGAUCUGUGUCAUGGAUUCCCUGAAACGAAAGAAGAAAGCUCUCCGACCUAAGUCUGUCCCAAAGACAAAAAGAAGCAGACCUAGAGAAAAACAAGGUCCGAAUAUAGAAAAUUGGAUAGUUCAAGGUGCAAGAGAUCAUGCAAGUGCCGGAAGCCAACAUGUUUCUGGGAUAACAUAUAAUAAUGACAUUAAAAAUUAUUACACAGACAACAUAUUUCACGCAACACCCGAGGGACUGUCUGAGUCUCUAUCUGCCAGAGACAGAAGAAGAGCUCCAAAUAUUGAACACCAUGAGACAUCAUCUCGGCGAGAUACCAUCAUUCAAAAACACCCAAAUCAAAUGUUCAACAAAGCUUGCUUUGAGGGAAAUAAUAAUCGAGUGAAACAACUCAUAUCCAAAGGAGAAGUGGAUAUCAAUAACGUAAGCCCGGGAGGAUUUACACCCGUGAUGAUUGCAGUAUCUAAAGGACACAAACAAGUUUUCAAUACUUUACUGAAAGAAAAGUGCGAUCUUUCAUUGAUGUUAGAUAAUGGUGACGAUAUACUUCAUGUGGCAUGUUCUGGCAGCAAUGCUGAUAUUGUCAAAGGGUUGGUUUCAAAUGGGGAAAUAAGUCUUGAGAGAAAGGACCUGUCAGGUAAAACUCCGCUGAUGAAAGCAGCGUGCAGUGGAAAUAGGAAAGCGUUUGACUUACUAGUAGAUGAACAAUGUAAUUUGACGUCAAUAGAUUAUAACGGGAACACCAUGCUUCAUGCUGCGUGUUCUGGUGGGUCCGUGUUUAUCGUAAACUAUCUCCUGAAUCAUAAGGUAGCUGGCCUAGAGAGUAGAGGUGAAGAUGGGGAGACCCCAGUGAUGGUGGCGGCAAAGAACGGACAGAAGCAAGUGUUUGAUAUCCUUGUGAAGAAAAGAUGCAACCUGUCAGUUGUGGAUGAUCUAGGUGACACUGUUCUCCAUGCUGCAUGUUGUAGUGACAGUGUGGAUAUGGUCACAAACCUUCUGUCAAAAAAGAUGGUCGACAUUGAGAGCAGAGGUGAGGAUGGGUUAACACCAGUUAUGUGCGCAGCAAUGGAAGGGCAGACCGAGGUGUUCAAUGCACUGGUAAGUCAGGGGGUGUGA